AUGAUGAUUUGUUUAGAGAAUACUUCUAAUAACAGCACUUGCAUCAAAUCUGUGGGCACUUCUCUCAAUCUAUCUUCAAGUCGAGGCAGACUUCAACUUUCACUUUUCCUUGCCUUUACUUUAAUGUUUACUCUGCUAUAAUCUCCUGUCAAAGGACAAGUCAUUAUAAAUGAGGGAAAUUUUAGGCUUGGGCAGCUAAAAUCAGAGUUAGAAAGCAUUCUUGCUGCUAACUUUAGAGAACAGACCAAGAUUUAGGAAGAGCACGAAAGAUUAGGGCUUCCUAAACCCAAUGUCGAAAUAACCCAACAAGAAUUUCUUAAUUAUGCAUUCCAACUUUCUCGUGGACUUGGAAUCAUAAAUUACUACACUUAAACUUAUGAUUGUAUAGUUAAUGCUUCAACAUUAUUCAUCAGGUAUUAAAAUCUAUUUGAAAGCUUUUCUGGGUAUAAUUCCUGGCUUGAAUUCUCACUAGCUAUAGGUAAUACCUCAACAUGGUAUAAAGGGUGCUAUUUAAAUUCAGAAGGCUCGGUUUUAAGUUUGUAUUACUAUGUAAUGGAGUAUAGGUCCCUCUAAAAUUACUUGACAUACUUUUUGCCAAAUAUGCUUUCUUAUGCCUUUGUGGUAAACACUUGGAUCGACAAAAUGAAUGCACUCUCUUAGCAAUAGAACACCACAGGACUUAUGUAUUAUUAUGGUAUGAUAGUCAGAAAUAUCUUUUUCUUUCCAAUGCCUGAAGCUGAAUCGUUUUACUCUGGUAACGAAUAUGCUUAGUUCGACUAGAAUAGUAAUUUAGUUGAUGAUACUUUGACAGUGAGGGAAAUGAAAUUAGAGGAUAGAUUUACAAGAGAAUUUAAACUUAAACUAGAAAAAAUUAUGAAAGAUAUAAACAACGAAGACUGGGAAGAAAAUCCGUAAGGUGAUAAUGAGCAGCACGAAGAUUGUGAAGAAACAGUUGUAGGAGGAAGAGAUAGCAUGAUUCAUAGAAAAGAUGUUAUAAAAAUCAAAUCUUAGAAUAUCUAAGUCUAACAGCAAAUGAAACUAUUUUCACUUUUGGACUAUGUCAAAUUCAGCUACUAAUUCGUAUACUAUUUUGUAUAGUCCAUGUGGUCUUACAAUUAAAACUCAUUUUUCACCUCUUGCAAUAAAAAUUUGCAAGGUAUGACUAACCAAACGAUUCUAUUUUCAAAUUAUGCAGCACUUGUUGGCUCAAAUAGAUCAGACUUUAAGGAGCUUUCAUUUUCUUUUGUAACUAUCUUCGAAUACAUUUACCCCAUUUCAAGCUUCUGCGUCUCAGCCUCCAACGAGGUUGCAGAUGACACAGUUGAUAGAUUCAACAUAUUAUUCAGAGAGCCACAGAAAAUCUUUGAAAAUUCUCUAAGAAGAUUAGGUUCAAUCCUUAUGAAUGCAAUAACAGUUCCAGACUGCUUCUUUAAUCAGACACUUGAUGGUAUUUGCGCAGGAACUAAAACUGGAAAUGCUGUGAAUUAUAUUCUCUUUAUUAGCUGA